UGUCGACCGGACCAGUUUGGACUGUUCUCCCCAAUGCAACCCUCCGCCAUCUGUUCACCACCCAAUUGAGCCUCAGGGUUGUUUUCUUUCUUUCUCUUUGUAUUUUAACCCCUUUUCGUUUUAUCCUCCAUGCUUUUGAAUUUAAAUACCCCCCCCCCCCCAAAAAACAACAACAACAUCAUUGUAGAUAGUCUAAUCUUGCAAAUGCAUCGCCUUGUGUGUGCGUAAACCAGCAUCCACUUGGGAACAGGUUGCAGGGAGCUUCAUUUUAUUUUUAUUUUUUUUACAACAAUGGCUGACAGUAAUGCAGAAUGCAAUAUCAAGGUGCUGUGUCGUUUUCGUCCACUCAACCGCUCAGAAAUCCUGCGUGGAGAUAAGUUCAUCCCGGUGUUCCAAGGUGAAGACGCCGUUCUCCUUGGGGGGAGGUGCUACGUGUUUGACCAGGUGUUCGCCACCACCGCCACCCAGGAGCAGGUCUACAACACCUGUGCCAAGCGCAUUGUCAAAGAUGUAUUGGGCGGAUACAACGGGACCAUCUUCGCUUACGGCCAGACGGCCUCGGGAAAGACUCACACUAUGGAGGGAAACCUUCAUGACCCUCAGGGGAUGGGCAUCAUCCCCCGGAUCGCAGAAGACAUUUUCGAACACAUUUUCGCCAUGGACGAGAACCUGGAAUUCCACAUCAAGGUAUCCUACUUUGAGAUCUACAUGGAUAAGAUUCGGGACCUGCUCGAUGUGACCAAAACCAAUCUGUCAGUGCACGAAGACAAAUACAGAGUCCCUCAUGUGAAGGGUUGCACUGAACGCUUUGUCACCAGUCCAGAAGAGGUGAUGGACGUGAUAGACGAGGGCAAGGUCAACCGCCACGUCGCCGUCACCAACAUGAACGAGCACAGUUCGCGCAGUCACAGCAUCUUCCUGAUCAGCAUCAAGCAGGAGAAUGUGGAGACGGAGCAGAAGCUCACCGGAAAACUCUACCUGGUGGACCUGGCCGGGAGUGAGAAGGUCAGUAAGACGGGCGCCGAGGGAGCCGUGCUGGACGAGGCCAAGAACAUCAACAAGUCUUUGUCGGCCCUCGGAAACGUCAUCUCGGCUUUGGCCGAAGCAACGAAGUCCCACGUGCCGUACCGUGACAGCAAAAUGACGCGCAUCUUGCAGGGCUCGUUGGGGGGCAACUGUCGCACCACCAUGUUCAUCUGCUGCUCCCCCUCCAGCUACAACGACGUCGAGACCAGGUCCACGCUCAUGUUCGGCCAAAGGGCAAAGACCAUCCGAAACACGGUGACAGUGAACCUUGAGCUCACCGCCGAGCAGUGGAAGAGGAAGUACGAGAAGGAGAAGCAGAAGAACAGGUCGCUAAAGGAGACCAUGCGCAGACUCGAGGCUGAGCUGAGCUGCUGGAGAAAUGGUGAGGUUAGAGGAGGGUCAGAGGACAAGAUGGUCCCGCCGCCCGACUGCGAGGAGCUGGACAUAUGCAGCCCGUGCUCCCUGACCUCCUCCAUCGUGGUGCACAUCUCCAAUGAGGAGCGUCACAAGUACGAGGACGAGAUCCGGAAGCUCUACAAGCAGCUGGAUGACAAGGAUGCUGAGAUUGACUACCAAAGUCAGAUGGUGGAGAAACUGAAGGAGGAGAUGCUGAAGCAAGAGGAGUUCCUGGCGUCCUCCAGGGGCGACGGCGAGAGGGUGCAGUCAGAGUUGGGCCGGCUGCAGACGGAAAACGAGUGCUCCAAGGCGGAGGCGAAGGAGGUGCUCCAAGCCCUGGAGGAGCUGGCGGUCAACUACGACCAGAAGAGCCUGGAGGUGGAGGAGAAGAGCGUGCAGAACAAGCUGCUGGCUGAGGAGCUCGCCAAGAAAAUGACUCGCCUGGUGGCGUUGGAGGCGGAGCUUUCCCACAUCCAGGAGGCGAGCCGCCACCAGAGGAAGCGCAUCGCCGAGGUCCUCAACGGGCUGAUGAGGGACCUGAGCGAGUUCGGCGCCAUCGUGGGCAACCGGGACGUCAAACUGUCCACGGAGAUCACGGACGUCAUCGAGGAGGAGUUCACGCUCGCCCGCCUCUACAUCAGCAAGAUCAAGUCGGAGGUGAAGUCCAUGGCGAAGCGUUGCCGCCACUUGGGCAGCCUUCAGGCCGAGUGCCAGCGUAAGAUGGAGGAGACGGGCAAGCAGCUGUCCUCCUGCCACCUCCUCGUCGCACAGCACGAGGCCAAGAUCCGCUCGCUGACCGAGUACGCUCAGGAUGUGGAGCGCAAGAGGAGGCAGCUGGAGGAAAGCUACGACUCCCUGGCGGAGGAGCUGGCCCAGGUCCAAGCUCGAGAGACCGUGUCACAGUUAGCCAGCGGGGAGAAUGACUCUGUCCAGGGAUGCUGUGACAUCCAGAGGCUUCUGGAGCAGCAGAUGGAGUCGCACCGCGCGGCGCACAGCGAGCAGCUCGGCCACCUGCGCGACAAAAUCAAUGAGCAGCAGGGGAUCGUCAACGACUUAACCCACUGGAACCAGAAGCAGGAGCUGGAGCUGGAGCAACUGCACAACGACUACGAGCGUCUCCGCGGACGAGAGCGUCAAAAGAGCAGACAGCUGGAGGAGCUGACAUUUCUCCACGAGAGACACGAGCAGUCCAAGCAGGACCUAAAGGGCCUGGAAGAGACGGUGGCCCGCGAGCUGCACAGCCUCCACAACCUACGCAGGUUUUUUGUCCAAGACCUCACCACUCGCGUGAGAAAGAGUGCAGAUAUGGAGCGUGACGGCAGCGGCGGAUACAUCACCCAGAAGCAAAAAAUUUCCUUUCUGGAGAACAAUCUUGACCAGCUGACAAAGGUCCACAAGCAGUUGGUCCGCGACAAUGCAGACCUCCGCUGCGAGCUCCCGAAGCUGGAGAAGCGUCUUCGGUCCACCGCAGAGCGAGUCAAGGCGCUGGAGGGCGCCCUGAAGGAGGCCAAAGAAGGCGCCAUGAAGGACCGACAGCGGUACCAGCAGGAACUGGAGCGCAUCAAGGACGUCAUGAUGAGGACCAGGAAUCCCUUCCGACGUCCUCACGCCGCACAUAUAGCUAAGCCUGUGCGUCCUGGCCACGCCUCACCCACGCACACCCUCUUCACCCGAGGCCUCAGCGAGCACCCUGUUUCAGUGAGUGACGAUUCACCCCGCGGUGACCCGCCAGCUCCACAAGCUGCCACUCCGGCACCGGAGAGCGGUCGCACUGCCCCCGAAACUAACCAGAACCGACCCGUUGGAUGCUUGGACCACCAAAACAAUGCUCAGAACAUGCCUCUGCCGAGUCAAGCCGACACCGCCGAGAUGCUCGAUUCAGAAAACGGAAACACCAAAGACAUUAUUGACAACAGCAUGUGUAUGAACGACAACGCCGUGUCUACCAGCGACGUCUGUGACAAUCGGGACCCGAGCAAACUCGACAGCUUGCACUCAAGAGGCCACCGCCAGCUAAUAGAAAAGCUAGCAGCUGAUCAGCCGUCUUUGUAGCUUCGUCCUCACCUGCUGUAACACACCUCCAUCUUCUUCCUCCUAUUCUGUUAUGUCCAAGGACUGCGUGUGAUGGAAAUGUGCAUUACCAGAGGUCACCACUAGCAGGUGCUGUUUGUCAUAAACUACUAUUAAUGUUAUUUUUUUUUUCUUUUUUAUCAUUACCAUAUUUCCUCAAAUAGUGUCCGUCCCUUACUCUAAUACUCUAAUCCAUGCCGUAAUUAUUUGCAGUGUAGGUUGUUCCACUUCGUCAAAUAGAAGAACUUCCUUUUCCGCUGUUUUUUACACAAAGACGUUCAAAAGUUAACUAUUGAGUCCGUUUUUAACUCUGUUGCUCACAUAAACAGCAGCACUUACCGAAGCACAUAAACAGUCUCGCAGUUGGAUUCAAAUGUGGAGUUCUACCGGGUGUUGUAAAUUCCUCGCGCGUUACUAACGAUGUUGUUUUAACGUUAACUGUCUUACGUUUUGUGGAGAGAGCGCUUAAUGUUCUCGUAGACGCUGAUGUGCGGUCGCUCCACAACGUUGUCUGUGUCCAUUUUUAGGCACCUCAUUAGUGCUGCUUUGUCUGACUCAGCUGUUGUUGUUGUUUCUUUAUGUGGAGACUGUCUUUAGUGGCGAUUAGCAAUGCAGUGGAUACCAACUUGUGGUCCCUUCACAAUGUUGUGUGCGUUCAUGUUUAUUUUUCAGGGUAGCUAUGCAACUUAUUCUUUUUGGCCCACCUGUCGCUGUUUUUGCUUGUUCAUUAUGCAGAGACAGGAACUUUGCCAUGAAUGUCGGUCCAGUCGACUCUGACUUGUGGUAACGCCACAAUGUUGUGUCGGUCCAUGUUUAUGUUCUGGGAAGCUAGAUGACUUGAUAGGUCUGCACAGUCUGCCUUAUUUCUUGCUGUUUUGUUAUGUGGAGAUAAUAUUUUUAGUUAAUACGACUUGUGGUUGCGCCACAAUGUUGUGUUCCGGGGAGCUACACAACUUAGUUUGUUUUAGUCUGCCUCAUUUCUUGCCAUUUUUCCAUAAUAAUCAUUUUUAUUUUGUAUUAAACGCCCAAUUUCACUUGACAAUAGAGGCCUCACCCAAUCCCAGCCACUGUAUGAGGAAAUAUGAUAUUACUAUAGUGAUUUCUUUUGACAACAGACUGUGUUGUUCUGUUCUGUACUGUAUGCCCCCCACACCCCACCAACCCCUUUGCAGCCAAAUCUCUACUGAAAUAAAAAUAUAUCAAAAGAGUAUUUUUAAACAUAUACAAAAUGAUAAAAAUAUAUGAGAAUAUAGUAGUUUCUUUUCCACUACUGGACCAUGCCAUUCUGGUUACUCAGACAGGAGUGAAUUAUGCAUCUGUUAGGUCUAUUUUUAGCCUUGGAUGAAUGCAUGUUUUAGAGUGUAGUUCCGGCAGAGUGUGUGCUAAUGUGUGUGCCUGUGUGUAUGUAUGUGUGUGCGCACAUUGGUGUUUAUAGUACCUUGUCAGGAGGAUCAAUGAAUAUAUACAUACACUGUAUGUAAUAUAUCAAAUAGGAUCAGGGUUAUUCCCAAAUGAGGAUUUUGAAAUGCUGCCAGGUUCACAACACUCACCUCCGCCAACAUGAUGUUCUCAUACCUUUUUGGUUUUACACAAACUGAUGCUAUUUUUCUUUACACACACACACAUAUACACACACACAUAUAUAUAUAUAUACAUAUGUCUUUCAUGAAAUAUGAAUAGAUUUGUCGCAUGUUUGGGAUAACCUAAAAUCUGAGGGAAAUUAUAAUUUAUGUUAAAUCAAGUAAUCAGAAGAAGUAGUUAUUGCCACAUAAUCACAUAUUUAUGUGGUGAUUUAAAUCCAUCCAUCCAUCCAUUUUCAGAGCCGCUUCUCCUCAAUAGGGUCGCGGGCAUGCUGGAGCCUAUCUCAGCUGUCAUCGGGCAGGAGGCGGGGUACAGUACCCUGAACUGGUUGCCAGCCAAUCACAGGGCACAUACAAACAAACAACCAUUCACACUCACAGUCACACCUACGGGCGAUUUAGAGUCUCCAAUGAAUGCAUGUUUUUGGGAUGUGGGAGGAAACCGGAGUGCCCGGAGAAAACCCACGCAGGCACGGGGAGAACAUGCAAACUCCACACAGGCAGAGCCGGGGAUUGAACCCCGGUCAUCAGAACUGUGAGGCAGACGCUCUAACCAGUCUUCCACCGUGCCGCCAUGAUUUAAAUCACUCUGAUAAAAAUCCCUCAGAUUUUAUUGCAGCCGUAAAAAUUUGAAACCACUCCUGAAAAAUGACAACAAUUGAGUUAGCCCACUCUAGUUCUCGGUGUCGCAAUUAUUAGAGUUGUAUAAGUUGAAUGGCGUCUGUCAGGGUUUAAAAGUGAUGCUAUGAUGCAAAAGCACGGGGUAAAAGAUGUGAAGCAACUAUUUUUAAGUAUAUGAUCGGUACUUCCAGUUUGAGAGACAACGUAUUAUCUCUAUUUAUUUUGCUACUUUUUAUUUAUGAGCCGCUGUUUAAUGUGCAACAUUUGUUUUCAUUGGCUUAGCGUUACUCUUUUGCAAAAUACUCAAAGUUAUCCCGUCAAAAAUAUAUUUUUCAAUUAUUAUUAUUAUGGUUAGUUAGGCUGAUGAUGACGCUGAGGUUACACGCGCACACUCGUACAUAUGACCUCAUCCAACAGUCUGUUGACUUUGGACCUCAAAUCCAAGUUCAGUGCACCCCGGAUGAGUCACGCUACAUGUGAUUGAUGAUUUGAUUGAUUACUGUCGUCCGUCACGCUUCCUGAUUAACAAGUCAGGAAGCGAGGGUUGUGUGCUCGUGUGUGCGUAAAACAGGUGCGCUUGUGAAUACUUAGCAAGCUGUCUUUCUCUUUUAACUUUUUAAACAAGACUAGUGAGGCUUAACAUAUGCAUGAAGCACUUUAUUGUUAUUAUUCUGAUGUGUCUGUGACUCGUUUUCUCACUUUGUUCCUGUGUCCCCAAUUUCGCACCUUUUAUUUUACAGUAUUUGUACUGUAUGUAGUUAGUUGUGUUUAUUAAUUGCAUUUGUUUAACUUUUGCUUUAUUUUUGUUUUUUUUUUCAAUUGGUUUUAGUUUUAAGUGAUUAGGUUUUAAUCCCAUUUUAUUUUUUCAUGUGGCUUGAUUUUUCAUUUUGUUUUCUAUGCAUUUGUUUUGCUUAUUUUAUUCAGAUUUCUUUUAAUUCUGUUUUAAUUUGUUUACAGCAAUUUAGUUCAAUGCUAUUUUCAUUUUUCAUUUCAUUUAUUUAGUUUAUGUUAGCUUCUUUUAUUUUUAUUUAAUUGUAUCUAAUUAUUUUUUAUUUGUUUCAUAUUUAUUUUACUUAUUUUAUUUUAUUUGUGAUUUUUAAUUGAUUUUAGUUUUUAAAAGCCUGCAGUGAUUCCAGUGGAAUUUUAUUUUAUCAUUAUUUCCUUAGUUGCUUUAUUUUAUUCAUUUCAUUUUUACUUAUUUGGUUUACUUAAUACUGUGAUUGCUUUGGAAUUUCAUUACAUUUUGAUGUAUUACGUCAGCAGGCACCUUAAGCUUGUGGUUAGCACAGCCGUCUCACAGUUCUGAGGUUGGGGGUUUGAAUCUGGGCUGCGGACUUCCGGUUUCCUCCCACAUCUCAAAAACAUGCUUGUUAGGUUCAUUGAAGACUCUAAAUUGUCCUUACGUGUAAAUGUGAGUGUGAAUUUGUUGUCAGUACGUGCCCUGCGAUUGGCUGGCGACCAGUUCAGGGUGCACCCUGCCUCUCGCUUGAAGUCAGAUGGAUGGAUGUUUUAGUUAUUUAUUGGACUUACUUGUCCUUUAUUAUAUUUUGUAAUUUCAGUUUAAUGUAGUUUUCAGUGCCCCAGUGUGAACUCAAGCAAACUUUGCUUAAUCAAUUGCAAUAUGUUGACACAACCUAUAGAAACCACAAGUUGAAUGGGAAUAACCUCUCAUCAAUAAUUUAAAAAAGAUAAAUAGCAAAACAAGCAUCCUGACAUGCACUGUGAUUGUAAACUGUGCAGUGUGCAAAAUGACAUUGAUUUGUUUUUAGUCUUCUUGCUCUGUUUAUCUAUAUGAAAAUAUUGCGUCACUGAGAUGUUCUACCGUAGCGUUAAAUAUGCAGAAAUAGAAGAAUGACAAGAAUGUUGGAGAAGUACAAACAAAACAAAAAAAUGGUGACAAAUUGUAUGUUUGUAUCAUGGUGUAUUGUUGCAUUUAUAUCUCCCGUGUGAUGUUGUGCAUGCGGUGCUUUCCCUUUGUAGCAGAAGCUGGCAAACACACUUGUCCUCCAAUUCAAUCUCCUUUCAAUAAAAAAAAGGACUGAGAGUGUAUAUAAUGUGAUUGUGCUCUGUUUGCCAGCCACAAGCCACACACUUGCAAAAAAAAACAAAUCGAUAAGUAGAGCAAGCUAAUUGAUGCUGGGUGCUGCUGCUGGCUGUAAUUAGCUGCUGAUAUACUCACACCCAUGAAUCAGUGGUGUUAAUUACAUCAAGAUAAAAUGUCAACACCUAUACUAUAUGGAACUCAUUGAAUUACUUAUUGUCCCAAAAAAAUACAUCUUAUCCCCAGAGUAUCCCCAUAAAAUUAUUAUAUGAUACAGUCCCAUUUUUAAAUUAUUUUACGCAUUAGUUACAUUUUAUAUAUAUAUAUAUAUAUAUAUAUAUAUAUAUAUAG